UAGCAACACUGUGACUCACGCCGCCAUUGACGCCGAAACCGCCAUUGUUUUGUGAAAUUUAUUUUCAAAAUACAUUUCACGUGCUUAUUCAAGCUCAGUUUAUUUGAUAGAGCUAUAAUUAGCUUACAAAACUAAAAACAUGGCUGACAACGACGAUCUUUUAGACUACGAGGACGAAGAACAGGCGGAACAGCAGACCACCGAAGGGGCAACAGAAGCGGCGCCAAAGAAAGAGGUUAAAGGAUCCUACGUAUCCAUCCACAGCUCCGGUUUCAGGGAUUUCCUGCUGAAACCUGAAAUCCUACGUGCCAUCGUCGACUGCGGUUUCGAGCAUCCUUCUGAAGUGCAGCAUGAGUGCAUACCGCAGGCCGUACUUGGCAUGGACAUUCUCUGCCAGGCGAAGUCCGGUAUGGGCAAGACGGCGGUGUUCGUGCUGGCCACCCUGCAGCAGAUCGAGCCCUCGGAGAACCACGUGUACGUGCUGGUGAUGUGCCACACGCGCGAGCUUGCCUUCCAGAUCAGCAAGGAGUACGAGCGCUUCUCCAAGUACAUGGCCGGCGUCCGAGUGUCGGUGUUCUUCGGAGGAAUGCCGAUCCAGAAGGACGAGGAGGUCCUCAAGACGGCCUGCCCGCACAUCGUGGUGGGCACCCCCGGCAGGAUCCUCGCGCUAGUCAACAGCAAAAAGCUGAAUCUGAAACAUCUGAAGCACUACAUCCUCGACGAGUGCGACAAGAUGCUGGAGUCCCUCGACAUGCGCCGCGACGUGCAGGAGAUCUUCCGGAACACCCCCCACAGCAAGCAGGUGAUGAUGUUCUCCGCUACACUGAGCAAGGAGAUCCGGCCUGUGUGUAAAAAGUUCAUGCAAGACCCUAUGGAGGUGUAUGUCGACGAUGAAGCCAAGCUGACCCUGCACGGCCUCCAGCAACACUACGUCAAGCUAAAGGAGAAUGAGAAGAACAAAAAGCUGUUUGAGUUGCUAGAUGUGCUGGAGUUCAACCAGGUUGUGAUCUUUGUGAAGUCUGUACAGCGCUGUAUAGCAUUAGCUCAAUUGUUAACCGACCAGAACUUCCCGGCCAUCGGCAUCCACCGGAGCAUGACCCAGGACGAACGUCUGUCAAGAUACCAGCAGUUCAAGGACUUCCAGAAGCGUAUCCUUGUUGCCACCAAUCUCUUUGGAAGAGGAAUGGAUAUUGAACGAGUCAACAUUGUCUUCAACUACGACAUGCCUGAGGAUUCCGACACCUACCUCCACAGAGUGGCCAGAGCAGGAAGGUUUGGUACCAAAGGUCUAGCUAUCACAAUGGUAUCAGAUGAAGGAGAUGCGAAGAUCCUGAAUGAAGUUCAAGAUCGCUUUGACGUCAACAUCACUGAGCUACCUGAAGAAAUAGAGCUGUCAACAUACAUUGAAGGACGAUAGAUUUAAUAAUACCAUUCCCUCAUUACUUAACUUUUGUGGUAGUUUAUAAAAAGCAAGGUUUCAACUUGCAUGUAUGAUUGUGUUUUUGUUCACACGACCAGUUUGAUAAAGAUUGAUAAAAUCAACUAAGUUUAAGCUUUGUUUGUACACACAUGAUAAGUCCAUCUCAUGUCCAAAUACAUUAAUUCUAGGAUAAAGUUGAAUAAAACUGACAUUUGAUAUUGUA